AAGGAAGCUGCCUUGGGCUGCUGGAAAAGGGGAAUCAGGGGAAAAGGCUGAGAAACUGUUAGCUGGUGGGGUACAGAGCCCAAACUAGGUGGCAUUAUUAUUGCAAGUAUGGUCACUUCAUAUCCUUUGCCUGAAGGCUUCACUGAAUUCGAGGUGUUUGGCAUAGGCACUGCCCUGCUGGUAGAAGCUCUGCUUGGGUUCUGUCUGAAUGGCUUGACAAUCAUUUCUUUUCGCAAAAUCAAAGAACUCCGAACUCCCAGUAACUUCCUGGUUCUCAGUCUUGCGUUGGCUGAUUGUGGGAUCUGCAUCAAUGCAUUCAUUGCUGCUUUUUCCAGCUUCCUGAGGUACUGGCCCUAUGGCUCUGAUGGUUGUCAGAUUCAUGGAUUUCAGGGCUUUGUGACAGCCCUGGCAAGCAUUAGCUCCUCUGCUGCAGUUGCUUGGGACCGAUAUCACCAUUAUUGUACCAGAAGUAAGCUACAAUGGAGCACAACUAUCUCAAUGGUGAUAUUUGUGUGGGUGUUCUCUGCAUUUUGGUCUGCAAUGCCACUGUUGGGGUGGGGUGAAUAUGACUAUGAGCCACUCAGAACUUGCUGCACAUUGGACUACACCAAAGGAGACAGAAAUUUCGUCACAUUCCUUUUUCCUAUGGCCUUUUUCAAUUUUGUGAUCCCUAUCUUCAUCAUGCUGACAGCUUACCAAUCUAUAGAGCAGAAAUUCAAGAAAAGUGGACAACAGUUCAAGUUUAAUACAAGUUUACCAGUGAAGACACUGGUCAUUUGCUGGGGCCCCUACUCCCUCUUAUGCUUCUAUGCUGCAGUUGAAAAUGUGACUUUCAUCUCGCCAAAACUCCGAAUGAUACCUGCCAUUAUUGCCAAGACUGUGCCAACAGUGGAUGCCUUUGUCUAUGCCCUGGGGAAUGAGAACUACAGAGGAGGAAUAUGGCAGUUCCUCACAGGACAGAAGAUUGAGAAAGCAGAGGUCGAUAACAAAACUAAGUAACACAGUAUGGCUUUAAGCUAAAUUAAUGCAGACACAGAACUGAAAGCAAAACCAGCAGAGGAAACCAUGUACAUACGCUAACUUUAAUUAAAGAUGGUUCCACAUUGGAAAGGUUCUGCAUGGUCUACAAGCAAUGAAAUACUGAAAGAAAGUCAUGUGGAUCACUGUUGAGUUUCUCUUUCAAUCUGUCACGAGCUGCUUGUCAAACAAGCUGCCUUAAACCUGUGUUGGUUGUUGUCAGUCUCAUUUUAUAUGUCAUUGCAAAUAAACUGUGUGCUGUGAAUCAUUUUUUUCCUGCUGUACUAAGAUCAAAGUUUAGAAAAUGAACUGUGGAUAUCAGGUUAUCCAGUGAGGCCUACCAGUAUUAA